AUGGGCUGGCUCACGAGCCUGACGGGCGUUCUGGCGCCCGUAUUCAUCGUCUUCUCGCCGUUUCUGUCGUACGGAGACCAGGCCCUGUCGAUGCGACGCAACAAGUCGAGCGCCGGCUUCUCCCUCGACAUCCCGCUCAUCAUGCUGGUUGCGUCGCUGCUGAGGAUCUUCUACUGGCCCGGCGCGCGCUUCGACACGAGCUUGCUGGUCCAGUCCAUCUUCAUGGUGAUGAUGCAGCUGGCCCUGCUCAAGAUCGCACUCGACCACCGCCCUCCUCCGUCGACCCGAGGCGGAGACGGUAGCCUGCCCUUUUCCGGAUCAUCCAAGGACGGUGGCAUGAUGGGUGCCAUGCAGCGACCCUACAACUUUUGGCAGUGGCGCUCCCCGAAACCGUACUGGCAGUUUCUGUCCUACAUGUUUCUCGGCCUGGUCGUCUGCGAGGUGGUGCUGCGUUUCGUGCCGCCCGUCUACGGGCUGUACUCGUCGCUGAUCGGGAUCACGGGCCUGUCCGUCGAGGCGACGCUCCCUCUGCCUCAGGUCCUGUCGAACGCGCGGACGCGCUCGACGGUGGGCCUCCGUCUGUCGGUCCUGGCCAGCUGGUUGGGCGGCGACGCCAUGAAGAUGUUCUGGUUCUUCACAUCGACGUCGGAGAUCCCCGCGACCUUCAAGCUAUGCGGUUCCUUCCAGGCCAUGUGCGACUGCUUCCUGGCCCUGCAGUUCUUCAUGUACCGGAGGAGCGCGACCGCCGUAGCCGAGGACAUCAAGGACCACCCCCUGACGAGCCUGGACUCGUCGGCGGCGUCGCACGGCAGUCACGAUGGCCUUACUCACCCGCAUUCCGUCAGCCUGACGCCCACGCAUCGGCCGGCUCAUGCCCACGGAUCGAUCGACGGUCUCAAGGAUGAGGUGGCCUUGUAG